AUGGAGCUGAUUCCCGGUCUUCCCAACGACGUAGCUCAUGAAUGUCUUAUUCGGAUUUCGUUUGAUCAGUUAUCCAAGGCUGCAUCUGUGUGUAGAGCAUGGAACGCUGUGAUUAAACAGCCGGAGUUCCGCCGGCGCCGGAAAGCUUCUGCUCUAACCCGACCUGUCAUUGUCAUGGCUCAGAGAAUGGAUGGUUUAAGAGAAUCGGAUCCGUCGUUUUACCGGCUCACGCUAUUCGAGCCGGUGAAAAGGCGUUGGCGCAAUUUUCCGCCGAUACCGGAGAUGGCGGAACGGAUGCCGGUGUACUGUAGCGUAGUAGGAAUUGGAACGGAGGUGGCGGUGAUAGGCGGUUUCCACCCGGUUACACGGCAGCAUCUGAAUUCAGUUUUCAUCUACAACUUCUUAUCCGCCACGUGGAGGCGCGGCGCCGAUAUGCCAUGCAAGGGUCGCGCGUUCUUCGGAUGCGCGGCAUCGGCGGCGGACGACGGGACAGUGGUGGUCGCCGGCGGUGUGAACUUGGGCAACAGCGUGUUGAAAUCAGCGUUGGCGUACGACGUGGCAAGGGACACGUGGACAACCUUGUCGGACAUGUCAUUUGGGCGAAUCGAGUGCACGUGUGUGUUCCACCGUAGCAAGUUCCACGUACUCGGCGGCUUUAACGAUCCACAUGACUUGGAUUCCAAACAACCUGCCGAAACACUCGACCUUGUAACCCGACAAUGGUGCCUAAGCGACAUAGUCACAGAUUAUGAGAUCAUAUCGAAGCGAGAUAUUUACGUGGAGGUUGGAGGGAUAUUAUACACAAUUAAGGAAAGACAUGACGUGAUUGCAUUAGAGGACGCCACAUGGGUGUUUGUCGCUCGGGUCCCAAUCUACACAUCUAGCGUGGUAUAUGUGACAGGGUGGCCGGGGAAGAUUAUGGUGAUUAUUGGAAAUACAAAAUAUGGUGCAGCUAAGAGAGCUUAUGUGCUGGAAUUGAAAACUAAGAAAUGGACCAAAGUACAAAUCCCGAGUAUCGUGGCAAUGUUCAAUCCAGUUGUUGUAUACACAUCUAAAAAGAACAAUUAUAUUUUGCCCUUAAAUUAG